AUGACGAAUUCACAUCCAGAUGCAGAUCUCUUUCCUCACGCUACUGGCUUUGCCGCUCAGAUGGUAGAAGAGCAUUCUAAAGAAGAGCCAGUCAAACUAUACGCCGGAUGGUUCUGCCCCUUCGUGCAACGCGUGCUCCUCAUCCUCCUAGAAAAAAAUAUACCCUUCCAAUACAUAGAAGUAAACCCAUACCACAAACCCGCGUCUCUACUCAAACUCAACCCGCGCGCGCCUUGGGCUCUCCGUAUCUGGGUUUUUGAUUAUUUCAAAGGUGGCUUGCAUAUCGAGGAAUUGGGCGAUAUGAGAGACAGAUGGGAGAAAUGGGUAGAUGCUAUUGAGGAAAGGAAGAGUAUUCAGAUGAGUUUGAGUGAGACGAAAUAUUAUUUACCGAUUUAUCAGAGAAGAGGGUAUGAGAUUAUCAGCGAUUUACGUGGAAGCCUAAGUAGGAGUUUGAAGAACAAGUAA